AUUCUUUUAGGUUAUUUUUGCAUUUCUUCUUGUAAUUAUAAAAAUGACCUUUUUAUUUAGUAAAGUAGCGCAAAAUAAUAUAAAACUUGUAAUUACAAGAAAUAUUGAACUACAGUUAUUUACUAUUUCUCAUAGAAAUUUGAGUAUAGUGCCUUCUAUUUAUGAUGGCAAAGACGAUCCAGCCCCAAAGUUCUUUUCAUCUAAUGUCCAAGUUUUAUUGAAACGGCUUACACGACCGGACUUCAGCAAAGUGUUUCGCAAGAGGACUAGCAGCGGGCUCCCUGUGCUUCGAACACCGACCUAUAAAUUUCUCACAAAUGAAGAGCUAGAAGCGGAAAUUAAAAAAGCUAACGAAAAAGCUGAUGUUCUUUUACAAAUGCCACCAGUAGUCAAGGUCCAGCAACCAAUCAAUGAAGUAUUAUCUAAUGAUCCAGCGUUAAUUGGAUAUGACACAUCAAAAUACUUGUUUACAGACAUCACUUUUGGUAUUGCUAAUGAACGCAGACUUAUUGUUGAAAGGGACCCUGAUGGCAUCCUUCGCCAUUGCGAUCAUGACGUUAGAAAAAGGUUAAAUCAGACAUACUUCCCAAUCCCUGGACGUAAAAUUAAAGAACCAAUCAUGUUCACAAACGAAGAGAAGUUCAACAGCCUUCUUGACAGGCAGGAGUAUGAGUUUGUGCUGGAUCGCGCCUGCAUUCAGUACGAGCCUGAUGAAGCCAGUUACCAGAGGGUCACCAGCAUUACAUACCAACAUAUUGAUGUGAACAAAAAUUAUGAAUUGUUAAGGUCUACAAGGCACUUUGGGCCAAUGGCAUUCUACCUGACCUGGCACGAGAGUAUGGACAGCCUGAUGCUGGAGCUGCUUCAGAACGGAUGGGUGCGCGAGGCUGUGCUACUUAAUGCACUGCGCCACGCAUUGAAAGCCGACGUGGCUAACGGAGAGACCGCACAGGCUAUAGCAAAUGAGAUUCUACCCACACCAAUCCAGCUGGCCAAACCUGAACGCCUGACCGAAGAAGACAUCCAGCUCGACAACAAAUGUGUAGAGUGCAUAGAGAAGUACAUAGUCAGCAACUCUGCCAUGAAGAGCCAACAAGAACUAGCGCUCCAGGGCUUCAGAGAGCACUAUCAGCAGUUGAUGGACUUGAGUCGAGGCUUGCAGAAGGCGCACGGGAAUGCGUGAAGCGUUUAGAAUUAGGAUUAGUAUGCUAUGUUAAUUUUAUUAAUCAAUAUAAUUAGUGUCAGUAACACUAGUCUUUCA